CGACCCAUGAUCGCAGACUCAACACGCAUCCUCACACCACUGACCUGGGCUUAGCUGUGUCCUGCAUGUGUGUGCAUGUGUGUCCGUGUGUUGAGCGGGAGUGUGAGUGAUCCCCACAAACCAUCAGCAGGAUGGAGGAUCUCAAGGAGAAUCUGGGAACUUUGGAUUGACGCCCGGGGAUAACGCGCGGUCGGCCCGAACCUCAUCGGGUUUCUCGUGGAUUUAUAUAUUUGGAUGUUGUCUGUUUCCCCCUUUCUCCUUUUUCGUCUAGGCAGUGGGAAUUUACGCUUGGCUUACAACUCCUAUUAUUUCUGGCGUGCAAAAUGCCGUUCGCCAAACGGAUUGCGGAGCCGCAGCUUCUUUGCAGGCACCAGAUCCCCAACGAUGAAGGUCUGCUUUUCGAGGACCUGUGUGCCAUCAGUAAUGUGGUUCUGUCCCGGACCUUGCGACAGCUGUCCGACCUGGCCCGGCACGCCUGCUCCAUAUUUCAGGAGCUGGAGAACGACAUCAUUAGCACCAACCAGCGGGUCUGGGUCCUCCAGAACAAAAUAGGCCAGAUACAGCAGACUGCCUGUGCCCUAGACCCUAAAAAGGAGGCAGUGCCUGUUUCAAACCUGGAUAUAGAGAGCAAACUGUCGCUUCACUAUCAGGCUCCAUGGCACCAGCAACACAACGUGUUCCAUCCUUGUACCCGACCACCAUGUCUGGAGGAGCUGCACAGAAGCGCUCAGCUCAGUCUCAGAGCCCUGCACCGAGACGAACAACAGCACCACUGCUCCACGAGUCGGGAGAGAAACAAGGUGACCAUCUCUAUCUCAGUGGCUCCCCCUAUGCCCACCUUUCCCUCGCCACACAGCAUCCGCCGGCAACAGAGGAGUCGCCUGGCGCGAGCGGAGAGAGCCAUGAGAGAAACAGAGAUCCAGACCAUACAGAGAAAAGAGAGGCCAGGGAGAGAGGCAGAUACAAAGACGAUCCAAAGAAAGAGUGUCUGGACAGGAGAAGGCGAAUGUGGCGAAGUCUUGGGAGGCCACAGAGCCAAGGCCUCAGCCCCCAUUGCCCCCUCGACCCAGGACAAACAGACAAACUGGUCCAAGGAAAACCUCCCACCAUCAAAUCAGAAGUCGACUGGCGAUUCUCACUCCAUCUCCUCCUGCAUUAUCCCCAUCAACGUCACAGGAGUUGGGUUUGACAGGGAAGCAAGUGCUCGUUGCUCUCUAGUCCAUUCCCAGUCGGUUCUUCAGAGGAGAAGGAAGCUGAGGAGGAGGAAGACUAUCACAGGAAUACCCAAAAGAGUACAACAGGACAUGGACUCAGAUGAAUCACCCGUAGCAAGAGAGCGCACAGUGAUUGUCCAUGCCAACCCGCACCAACUCUCUCUCUGUCAGGAAGACCUCUUAAUCAGUGGUCGUCUCCAUCACACUCGUGACUCUGGCUGCCAAACAGAUGAUUUCCUUAUAGCAUGUACAGCUGCUCCCUCCAGAAGGCGCAUCAGAGCCCAACGUGGACAUCAGGGAAUCCCUGCCUCCCUCUCCCAUUCAACAGGCAACAUUUCUUCCCUGGGUGACCAGUCAGAUUCCACAUAUACCGGUGCUGCAGCCCACUGUGGACGUUUGCGCUCUCGAAGCCUUCCUCGAGAGGGCGGACGUCUGAUGGACAGUGAUGAGGACGACGAUGACAAUUAUGAUGAUGACGACGAAGAUGAGGACUUGUCACCAUAUGAAGCAGAGGACUUUAUUCCACCUGGACCAAGUCCAAGAAUGAAGAUGAUGAUGAUGAAGGAUGAAGAAGAGAGCACAGAUGACCAGGCAGCUCCUGAGCCACUGCAACUUGGAAGUCUAAAGAGGUUGCAGCGGUCUGGAGAGAGAGACAGAGGGGGUGGAGGAGGGAGCCCAGAGCACAGCUGGAUAGAGAGGGGCCGUUCUCGCUUGCCCCGCAAGGCUGAUAUGGGCAGCUGUGAGAUCUCAUCAAGUUCAGAUACUUUCAGCAGCCCUAUUCACUCUGUGUCUACUACAGGAGUCCUAGGCAGCCAUGUGGACCACAAGGAGGACCACCAGUCGUCAAGCGGGAACUGGAGUGGUUCCAGCUCCACCUGCCCCUCACAGACAUCUGAAACCAUCCCCCCACCUUCUUCUCCACCACUAACAGGCUCAUCCCACUGCGACUCAGAGCUAUCGCUCAACACUGUGCCCAAUGCCAUUGAUGAGGGAUUCUCCCUGGAUCCCUCAUACCACUCAGACCUCAGACCCCAGGGCCAGGGCCACAGGUCAAGCUCAUUCACAUCUUCAGCCACAGACCAACUUGACGAUGCAGGGGUCAGUACAGCUAGUGAGGGGGAGUGGACAUACCCUCCAGACCAAGACCAGACUGAUCCGGACCAAGACCCUGACCAAACCCAAAAUCUGAGCCGGAGCCAUGGGUUAGCGCAAGAGUACAGCUCCAAACAAGGCCUACAAGACCAAAUCUGUUUUCGUGACAAGACCAGCAACACUGAAAAAGAGUCCGUCUCUCAUUACCCAUCUGAUACAGAGGGUUUCUACUCCUCUUCUGUGCAUUUUGGGGAGUGUAGUCAGAGUUACAGAGGAUACAUGUAUAACUAUGCAGACCCAGGGCCUGACUGUGGCCAAUCCAACACUGUGGCAGCACCACGAUCCAAUGGAGUUUAUCCCCAGCCCUUAACUGUCUUCAGAGCUGGUACUAUGACUCUGGGGAGGACCUGUCGUCCACUGAGGAAACCAAAAGUCAAACCUCCACCACCUAAACGAACCUCCUCGCUGAAGGACACCUGUAGUGGUAUUGAUGUUGGAACGGACACACAGGCAGAUCAGGAUCAACCAAAGAUGGUUAGUGAACAAGACCGUACCUUGUCUUCCACAGAUAUGAAGCUGGAACUGGAGCUAGAGCUUGGAGGUGCUCCAGAACCAUUACAGACAUCUUGUCUAGUGGCAGAGCCUUUGGGAACUUGGGGAAGGGGACUGGGUGAAACCGUGGACAUAGUAGAGCCCAUGUCCUUCAGCUCUGCAGAUACACACUCAUUUAAGGAUGAAGGUGCUGUGCAAUCCGACUAUGCAGACCUGUGGCUUCACAACACUGAGCUAAAAUCCAACAAUGGUGAGUACACAUCCAUGUCCAACUCAAGCACAGCCACAGGCACUACUGUCAUGGAGUGUGUCAAGUCACCAGACAGCUCGUCCUCCUCCACAGAAACCCAAACCCAGGCACUAGCUCAGGCUUCAGAGACCAGGGCAACUAGUCCGCCUCUCCCACCUGGAGACUUCAAACUUGGGUCACCUGAGAAGCUGGCUGGCCUGGCCUCCCCAUCAAGUGGCUACUCCAGCCAAUCAGAGACUCCAACAUCAACUUUGCCCUCAUCCUCUGCAGCGUUCUUCCCAGGACCACUUUCGCCCUCAACUGGCAAGAGAAAGCCCAAAGUGCCCGAGAGGAAGUCUUCUCUCUCUUCCCUGCAGCACUUCCCCAGAGAUGGAGCCUGCAUUUCCUCUGGCUAUAAGAGAGACCCAGACUUCCCACCUCCACCUUCUCAACUUGAUCUCAAUGUUCUUCAUGGUGGUUAUGUCAGACACACGCUAUCCCACCGAACGCACCACAUGCACACGCUCCACCACAGCAAACACAGAGUUGGAAAUGUUUUAGCCACUGGAACAAAACUGUUGGUUCCUGAGUCAUCAAAUACCAACCCACCGCCAAGUUCAAACUCUGCUCUGACAAUUCCCAGCCCCAAUCUAUUGGUAAUAACUCCAUCUGCUCUUCGUUCAGUGCGGCUCCAUCCUAUUAGGAGAUCUACAGAUAGUGCUACCACAGCAGACCAGGAAACUGCAAGCGGAACAGAGACUGCAACAAGACCCAAAUAUCCUCCUAGUGGUUCUACAUUGGCUCCGCCACCUAUCAACACAAGGCCUCUCCCUCCUCGCAGACCACCUCCCAGACCCCCAGCACAUGACCACACACCCUCCCCUGAACAUUUGCAACCGCCUCCCCCUGGCCGCCACCCUGAUGGGCCUCCAUCCUAUGAAAGCCUGCUACUCAGACAGGACCGCUAUGGACCUGGAACCUUCUGGGCUAUGACGGCCUUCAGAACCCGGAUGGACCCAUCAUCAGAACUCUCUGAGGACAGCUCACCCCUGCAUCGACCCGUGCCACGUGCCCCCCACCCUUCGCCUGUGGAUCUACACACACAUAUCCACUCGCACACAGAAUUCAGAGGGCUCACACACUCAGCUCAUGCACACCCUGAGUUUAGGGUUUUGGGGGAGCGCUCGUUCUCCCAGGAUGAUGAUGAUGAUGAUGAUGAAGAUGAGGAGGAGGAAGAGGAAGAGCAGGUGAAAGAGCCACAGAGGGCUGCGUGUUCCAGAGGAGGCAUACGAUCGAACCACCCUCCGCCCCCAGCGUAUGAAUUUGCUGGGAUAUCCCACUCAGACUCAGGGCCCUGGACUUGUCCAGUCAAAGUGCCUGGUAUCACAAUGGAGGCAUCGCAUCCUUACCUAAUCAGCGAUGCAAGGAGAGGAGGACAUGAAGAGCAGGAAGAAGAGGAGGAAGUGUUAUCAGGUGCUACCAGAAGUGCCCAUCAGCAGCAGCCACAAGAGAGCAAAGAUGACUCCACCACUCCUGACACUGAGGAUUACUUCAGUAAAGGGAUGUCUUGUGCUACAGAUUCCUCGCCCAGUGAUAAUUCACUCUCCCCUCUGAUGGAUGACACCAAAGUGGAUGAUGACAUUAUCAUCACAUCACCCAACAAGACCCGUACAACGGAGGACCUGUUUGCCAUGAUACACAGAUCAAAGAGAAAGGUCCUGGGCCGUAAAGAUUCAGGAGACAUAAACGCAAAGUCUCGUCUCUGCUCUGCAGCACCAGUGACUCCUGUCGCCACCGUCAUUAUCCCGCCAGCCCCACCUCUCAACAUCCCAGCCACCAUAGCCACUGCUGCCGCAUCACAACGAGCCCCUGUGCCAAUCUACCGCAGCGCCAAGAAAUCCAGCACGUCUAAUGAGGAGUUUAAACUUCUGUUGCUGAAGAAAGGUAGCAGGUCUGAUUCCAGCUACCGCAUGUCAGCCACAGAGAUUCUGAAGAGCCCCAUUACCCCUAAAACCCCUGGGGACCCCCUUCAGGAAGGGGCCAUUAGACAGGCUGAGGAGCUACCCUUUACACUCCAAGAGCCCCACAUUUCUGGCUUUGACCCAAUCCAGAUACCAGGCCUUUUUCCCAGAGCCAUCUCUGAGAGUUUCACCCUCAAAACCCUGCCUAUGUCAGCUGCAUCUCGACAGGGGCGUUCUCGGAUCCCCCCUGUAGCCAACAGCAGUCGCUAUAGUACACGCAGCCGCCUCUACACGGCCCCCAUGCAAGCCAUUUCCGAAGGGGAGACAGAGAACUCAGAUGGGAGCCCCCAUGAUGAUAGAUCAUCCUAAAACCACCUGAUGAGAGAUGCCCUCUAUUCUCAGCUGUGUCCUACUUUUCAAAUGGCCCCUUCUACUUUUUUUUUUUUAUCUUGGAUAGGUGUGUCAUCAUGGCCAAUAUGUGUAGUUCUUCUGACACACAAAAUCUGACUGUUGCUAAAAUGCACCGAGUUUUGGAUCUGCUGUUCUAUUUAAGAGGGUCGGACAGUGUUACAGAAUCAUAAAGGGAUGAUUAUGAACAUUUUGAGGAUAUACCUUAAUACUGUAUUAUCAAAUGAAUAUCUCCCACAUAGUUAAAAGAGCCAGACUUGAGACCUAUUUUGAUUGAACUGUUUAAAAUGUAGAAGAAGAAAAAAAAUCAGUCCCAAAUAUUUGGUAAAUUAUAAGAAAAGAUUUCUAUUGGAGUAUGGACAACGUGCGUGUGCAUGAACUAGCACAUGCAACAUCCCCUGAUAUUUCUAAUCAUUGUGUUUUGACUGGCGUGGGUGCGAGUGUGUCGCUGAGGAACUGCUUUCUUUUUUAAAUGAAAAAUUAUUGUGAAAUGUAAUAUUCUUGUGGUGCCCAAAGCAUUGGCCAGACUUCCCAGAGUCCAACCUCAAUAUUCCUGCCAACAAGCAAGGGUUGUUUCCUUGUGGAAGUUACUAACAACACAGCACCAACCUAUCUAUAAUAUUUCCAUCUGCAGACCUGGCAUAGAGUAUAUCACACAGAGCCAAUCAUAUAUUUCUCCACAUUAAUUAUAUCCAAAAAGAUAACAUGAUGCAUGUAUUUUUGUAAAACUGCGCCUCAGAACAUGAUGAUAAAGUUUCACCAUGUUGCAUGACCCUAUAUGGAAACAUCCCCUGGAUCCUUGUUUCUGUCGACAUUUCUGUGUUUCCUUUGUAUUAUAAGAAUAAUUAAUCUUUCUCUGUGAAAGGUUUUAGUGACAUUUGUAUUCCAUUGCCAGUGAUCUAGAUUGAUUUGUCUUGGAUUUGAGUGUCUAACAAGAAGGAGCAAGGGCUUGGUCAGAUAGAUACAGGCUCAUUUUGGACAAUCGCACAGUGGCCUUUCUCUACUAGAGGUGGUUGUGAAGAGGGCAUUUAUAAGUCCCUGCACAUAUACAUGGACACGCGCCAUGUUCCACCAUGAUUCAAUCACAUACUUACUGAAACCCAACCUUGAAAUCUAGUAUGUUUAGACUGAUUAAAGCUUUUCCAGCUGCUGGCCAGUCUUGCUGUGCUGACUUGAAGGGGAAAAGGUGCAUUUCAAAGCAGUUUCAAAGACACCAUUGAGUGCAGACGGUGAAAAUGCUUUAGAUGGUCCUCAAUCGGUUUGACUAGAGGUGAAUUUGGAAAGCUUUCCAAGAACCCACCUCGCUUUUGCACUUCAUGACUCUUCAAGAAUAUUCCUUGAAAAGAAAAUAUAUCUUAUAAAUUAAAAAUUGCAUAUGUAUAUUUGUACUGAAUAUAAAAAAGUAAUAUCUAUAUAAAACAACAAGCCGAAAUUUUAUAGGGAAUCAACCUGAGUGUAGCAUAGAAGAAAAGGUCUCACUGACAACAUCACACAUGAAUCUCAACAUUGUACACUGUUCUCCUCUCCUUGUUGCCUCUCCUUCAUUUGCACUGACCCAGUAGCAUUAGACAGGUGAAAAAGCUCAACCCAGUGGCUGGUGUACACCAUUUUGUCUUACCCUCCGAGCUUCAUAUCACAAAAUCUGAAGGAGAGGAGACAAGAGGAGGAAAGGACUACAUACCACCAACAUUUCAAAGCCAGCAAUGCAUCCAUUGCAUUGCUGCUGCCUUUUCUAUCCAACACCUGGGUUAGAGUUUAACAUCUUUCUCAUCCUUCCAAUACAUGUAUCACACUAUGAACAUCCAGUGUGUUACGGAAGCAAACUGUCAUCAGUGGAAUUUUGAACUCUCACCUUCCUAUCACAGCAAACACAACACAUAUACUUCUUACAUUCAGAGGCCGUACUUCAGUAGAAACCAUUCACUGUAUUCUGUGAAUACCUCAGCAAGCAUAUUACUGUUUUAUUGUAAAUGCUACAGAUAGAUAGAUAGAUAGAUAGCAAAACCACAACUGUUUGAUACUCAGCGAAUCUGAAUUGCAGAACUGACACUGUGUAAGAUGGAGAGGGUAAAAAGCUGUGAAAUGAUUAUCAGAAUUUUACAUUCAUCAUACCCGUACUGCUGAAGCGCACUUGUUCCUGUUCAUUGUUUUAUUUGUUGUGUUUUCUAUCGCAUGCAAUAAGUGAAGAAAAAAAAAAAGAAGACGAAGAAAAGAAAAGGACACCACCAUAUCAUUAUUUUUAUCUGAGGGAUGUCUCCAUACCACGAGAAAAGAUUUUGUAUUUUCCGUUGAAAUGUUCAAGUUCAAUAGUGUGUUCUAUAGAUGUACAAACUGUCUGGCUAAUUCUGUUCUGUAUAGUCAUGAUCACAAACAGGGGUUUAUCUUGUACUGUAUAUCUACUCACUGGACAAUCAUACGUAUAAGAGACUGUAAAGAAAAUAAUGAUACAGAAUCUGUCGGGAUGGAGAAUCCGAACACUUGGUGCUGGGUCCUAGUCUUGCUGGAGCUGUGGAAGUUGGGAGUGAGAGAAAUAUCUUCCAGGAGAAACUGCUGAUUCAGUUAUAAGGUGCAGCCGGACAAACCGCUUUAGAUACGAAAUGUACAAAUAAUAAAGAUGGAAAUGGAGAAAAAAAAACUAUCCAUUCAUCCACCCAAAAACUAGUUUGAUCGGAUCAGAAAGUCAUUUUCUUUACUUUUGACUCAUAGUUGAUUUUUUGAUUGCCACAAAACAUAUUAUAGUAAACGAAACCCGUAAGGCCGAUACAGUAUUUUAUGACAAAUGCAAUGUGGCUAUGAAAUGCUAUUCAAAAGCUUGAAAACAAAAGUACUCAUAAGUAUUUUGUCAAUUUGUUUAGUGUGAUUUUUCCGUACUGUACCCGGCACUGACGCUAUAGAGGUAUUUUAAGACUGUUUCUUAUAUUUGUAAAAUCAGUGGAGCGAUGAUUUACUGACACAAUUUGAUUAGAAAGACAAACUAAGAGGUUGCCAUGCAGACUCCCGUUACCAUUCAUUUAGCCGUCUCAAACCUCAGUCCUCAAUAGCUUGGGAACAAAACAAGAAUCCAUAACUUGUAUAGAUUCUUGGUCCCAACUUGUUUUCAAAUGUCUGCACGCAAUUUUGCCCUAAAGAGAAGUGUGACAACAACCACUGGGUAUUUUUUCUCAAAAGUGUACAGUAUGGAAUAACACUAAACAGACUUUAAAAUAUGUGACAGAGAACUGAAAAACAAUGAUAUAGUGUAACUAUCUAUUUAAAAGAGGCUCCAUGUUUAAAACUAGCUAGGACUUAACAGAUUUGAAUCACUUUUGUAUUUUUGUAUAAACCUGUAAAUAACUUUUUAAAGAAAAAAAAAUGUUUCAAAUUCUUUCUUUUGUAAAAUAAAUCAAUAAAAUAAUAAAAAGAAAAAAGUUUUUUUUUUUUUUUUCAAAGUUUACAUGAUUAUUUCCAAGCCUUUGUAUAUUUUGGAGCUGUGCAACACCUUCAGUCUUGUAUUUAUUUAUUUUCUGGGGGGGUUACAACAUUGUGAAAAUUCCAUUAUUCUAUAUCUAAUUCAUUUUAACAGCUCAUCAGGCUGCUUAGUAACUGUGCAUAGAAAAAAAGCCAAUAAAUGUGAUUGCAUUGAAACGGAA